UAAUGUUUACCAAUAAUUCACUGGUAAACAGGGAGUGUACGUUGAAAAUGCUACAACAGAGGAACCUGCGGGCUAAACAGAAGAAAGGACAGAAGAGUUCAAUUGAUGAUAUGUUAGGAGACCUGUUGGGAGAUGAUGAUUUCCCAGUGAAGGCCAAAGCUCCGGCCCGUGAAGCAGGCAGACUAGGACCUCCUCUACCAUCACGCAGUGGAAAACACUCACUAUUGGGCGACGACUUCUUCAGCAAACUGGCUGAGGAAGCUGAAAAUGAGGGCUCUGAUGUUUCUGAGGCUGAUCCCACAGCCUUACUGGAGAGCAUGAAGGACAUAGAUGAUAUGGACGCUGAUCUCUUUGGAUCAAAGAAAAAGCCCAGUUCAGCCCCAGCUCAGAGUAAAGGCUCCGGCAUUGGAGGACCUACGAAAAAUCCUCCUAAAUCAGGAAACAAGUUAAAAGGAGGAGGAAUCUCAGAUGAGCUACACAUUGAGGAGAAGAAGCCAAGUUCUGCUCCUGCAUCGACAGCACAUGGCUACAAGAGGUUCAGCUUCACUGAUGAUGAUAUUCUUGCCCCAACAACAGCCACAAAAGACUUUGAUGACCCUUUGGCUGACCUGUUAGAGGAUCUACCCAUAGAAGACAAAAAUGAGCCAAAAAUCAUCAAACAAGCUCCUCCAGAGAGAUCAGUGCUGCCCCCAGACUCCCCUAUCAUAAAGAAACAGCCUCACCAGCUCCAGUUCCAAAGAAGCGGGACGAGCUUACACCCCUUCCUAGAAGAAGAGCUGACGUUUGGUUCCUAUCAACCUACACUGGUCACUACACCUGAGGGACGCCACUCAUGCAGACAGUCGGUCAGAUUCUCCACUGAGGACAACAGUGCCUCUUCUCCUGAGAAGAAACCCAAACCCAUCACCCCCACCACGCUCACCCCUACCUUCCCCCGGCCUGCUGCAGACUGGCUGGGGCUCUCGCAGGUAGAUGAUGAGGAGGAGGAAAAGAAGGAAGAGCCCCCGCCUGUACCAGAACCCUUGAAGACCCCCUCCUCUUCGUCAGUGGGAAGCAAACCCUCCUCGUCUGGCAACCUCAUUCCACAGCCAUCGACAGAGACUCCAAACACCUCCUUUAAAUCCCCCAAACCAAGAAAAAGAGGACAAUCCAGGAAGACUUUCUGGGGUUUGGAGACGAGGUGGAUCUGGAGUCGUUUCUCAGCAAACGUGGUUCUUCACCAGCUUCCAGGAGGAAAGAUGCAUCCACCCCCAACAAGGAACCAGGCUGUGUCUGCUAGAGUAGGCUUCUAUCCUGACCAGACCCCUCUCCCCUGCCAACCUCUGCUACCAUUAGCUUCCCCCUGCCCCCGCAGUACCAUCCACCAGCCCUGCAGGAUCACAGGGAGCCAGGAUGGCCAAGUCAAGCAGAGCUGCCCCCUAACUACCCUGCCCAGCCAUGGCAGUCUGUCUGGCCCCAUGCCCCAUGCUAUAAUGCCUGGCAGAAUGCGGUUGCCACAGCAAAGCCAGAUGCAGAACACUGCACCUGCUGUCCAACCACAGAUGUCUCUGUCAGCCAACAGUUUGCAACAGCUCUUACUACAACAGCAGCAGUUGGCGUCCCAGCUGCUGGGGUUAGGGGGAGCUGUGGAUGAAGCUGGGCUGCAGAGACAGAAGAGAGCGACUGAGAAGCAGAAUGGACAUCUAGGUUUACAGGCCUGCAUCAUCAAACUGGAGGGACAGGUGAGAUCUCUACAGCAGGAGCUAGACCAGAACCAGAUGUUGCUGGAGAGUGUUCAGCAGAGACACAAGCAGGACACUGAGCUCAUGGAAAACACACACAGGGCUCGUGUGAAGCUGCUUGACGAUUCCGCGGCACAGCGAGAAGCACGGGCACGACAGGAAUGCGAGGACCUAGCAGAGCGCCUAGCCACGGUCACACAAAUAGCUGAACAGGAGUGUAUGAAGCUGCAGGCACAGCACCAGCGGAGACUGGCCCAAACCCAGCAGGACAGAGACCGAGAGGUGGAGAGACUCAGAGACCUACAAAGGAAGUAUAUUUUGGAGAUGAAGAAAGACCAUGAGGAUCAGGUCCAGAGGCUGAAGAGAUUGAAGGAUGAGGAGAUUGAUGCUGUGACCAGUGCCACAUCACAAACCAGGCUGGGGGACCUUUCGUCUCGGGUGGAGAGCACCCAUGAGAACACUGCCCAGGGGCUGGAGCAGGGGGCACGGCAGAGAGACGAACAGCUCCGGGUGAUGCAAGACCGUCUGGGCCAGCAGCAGAGGGCCAUGGCAGAAGAGAGAACAAGGCUCAAAGAAGUCAUCGCCAAGAUGGACACCCAGCUGGCUGAGCAGCAGAGGCAACUAGAGAAGAGUGCCUUGUUGGAGGAUCAGCAGCAGGUAAUGCAGCACUGUGCAGAGGAGAGAAGGAAGCUGGCGGCUGAGUGGACCCAGUUCCACACCCAGGAGAAGCAGAGGCAGGACCGAACAGAGCAGGAGGCCAGCCGGGCACUGGAGAGGGAUGCCCACAGAGGGCUCCAUCAUCAGCAUGGCACAGCAAUUGAGAUUUGCAGAGUUUUGAAACAGGCCGUCUUCAGUAGUCACCAGGAACAGGUGGACCUGAAGCAGCAUGAGGCAGCUGUAGCACGGGAGAGGGAGGCUCUGGAGAGACAGAGGGAGGAACUGGACAGGAGAGGCUGAGUGGUACAGGCCUGCAGCUGAAGACAUGUGCCCUGGAGGUAGAGGCAUUCAGCAAGGUCUGGACCACAACCUCAUCACUAUUAGCUAGCUAUUGGGUUGACAGUAAUGUAUAUAAAUCGUUGGUUGUUGUAUGCGAUAGGAGGUAGCACAAUGUUGUGACUGGGCGCCCUGCGUCGGUAUUUGCAGCUGGCAUCAGAAAAAUAUGGGGAGAAGGCCCUACAGGAGUCCAGACAGGUGGAGACUGAGGAGCAGCACCUCCAUCAGGUCAAUAAGUGUGUGUGUGUGGGGGGGGUUAUACCAGCCAAUCUCCCAACAGCCUCUGCUGGUACACAUCAGGAACGGCGCAAUAUGGUUGGAAUGGUUCCAUUCCAGCCAGCCCUCCUAUAUAGCACCUUUGAAUUGUGUACAAAUCAUAUCCAGACUAAUGGCAAUGUUAGUGUAUCAACUAACCAGCGUAGAGCAAUGGAGAGACUCAAGCACAGGCUCCCAAUCACUUCUUUCCCUCAAUCCAUGGCCCCUAUAUACACAGGUGGGCGGAGCCUUUUACAAAACAAAUUGUUGUUAAUUUGUCAAACUAACACAGAACAGCAUAUUUUACAAUAUUUUCAAUACUGUUGGCAGUACCUCAAAUGGCCUCCACCAAGGCUAUUUGCCAGCCCUCACCCCUGUUCUCUAGAGCUCCAGGCCAGGUUGGCCCUGCACAUGCACACAGCAGGGAAGGAUCGUGACUUUCUGCAGGACGAGCAGUUCUUCCUGGACACACUCAAGAAAGCACCUUAUAAUUCAGCCUUUCACACUGAUUAACUGUGGGGCUUAGAGCUGUGUGACUUUCUGGUUUUAAGUACACCAUUAAACUUGACAUUUUCUAA